CAGACUGUAAGAUGUGCGCUCGUUGUGUUUGGAUUUUUUUUUUCAUACGUCAUCACUGCGCGCCUCGAACUGAUCGCUAGCGCUGGCGCGUAAACACAGAAGCGAGGCAUGGAUCAGAGUGGGCUCGACCUCGUCAAGGUGCAUGGAGGCGGUGGUUAUGACUCGGAUUUCAGCGACGAUGAGGGCGGAGGAGGUUCAUCACAACAUGGAGGGAAGAGGGCACGUGAAGAUGAGCUGCUGCAGAAGCCUUUCCAGAAACGGAAACACUCCAAGGUCGCUCACAGAAAUGUGGCUGCGGAGGAACUGGACAGGGAGGAGGCCAAAAAUCGGCGCCACCAUCUCAUAUCCAUGAACGCCUUUGACAGGCAUAAGAAGUUUGUCAGCGAUUACAUACUGUACUAUGGAGGAAAGCUGGAGGACUUCAGAAGAUCCAUGGCAAAAGACAAGACGGAUCUGGACGUGGUCCGAGAAAAUCACCGCUUCCUCUGGAGGGACGAGGAUGAGGACGAUAUGACGUGGGAGAAAGAGCUGGCCAAGAAGUACUAUGACAAGCUCUUCAAGGAGUACUGCAUUGCUGACCUCAGCAGAUACAAAGAAAACAAGUUUGGAUUCAGAUGGCGCAUUGAAAAUGAAGUAAUAUCAGGAAAAGGUCAGUUCCUGUGUGGGAAUAAACGCUGUGAGAAGAAUGAGGGUCUGAAGAGCUGGGAAGUGAAUUUUGCUUAUGUGGAACAGGGCGAGAAGAGGAACGCUCUGGUGAAACUGCGUCUCUGUCCAGAAUGUUCCUUCAAACUGAACUACCAUCACAAGAGGAAAGAGGUCAAGGUUAAGAAGAAACGCGGACCGAAAGAGAACGAAGAUGAGCCACAGGCUAAGAAGUCCAAGCGCAAGUCCAAACACAAGCCCAAAGAGAAACACAAAUACAAAAAGAGACGAAAAGAACACUCUUCCUCUAGUUCUGAAGAUUCCCAUGAGUCUGAGAAAGAUUCAGAAAGUGAAGAAGAGACUCAAGCCCCAUCAGAUUCAGACUACUGGAAAGGUCCAGCUCCGACUCUGGAGGAGAAAUCACGGGAAGAGGAGUUCGAUGAAUACUUCGAGGGAAUGUUUCUGUAAGCAGGAGCAGUACUUAGCUGACCGACCGAAUGACCGUUUCAUCAAUGCUUAUGUACAGAGAGAAUAAAAUGCCCACUGCUGUGCUUUUCUCAUGUAGAUUAAACAGUGUUCGAGGAACAUGUCCAUGUCACAGAUCUGCUACUAAUAUCAUAUGUUGAAUGUUCUGAGUUUUUUUAUAUAUAUAUAUAUUUUUUUUUUGUAAUAAUUCUUGUGUAUUUUAAUAAAUAGUAGCAGAAUGUUUGAAACAAAGUAAAUUGGGGCCGUCUACAAAGGUGUAUAUCUGUUAUCAUUUCUCUCCCAGACUGAAGAACAUUGUGGGUUCGUAGACCAUAUCUACAACUUGUGUGUGCUCACAGAGACAUGGAGGUGAAUAUUCUGCCUACUUUACAAUCAGAACAUCUAGACAUCCAUCCAUCCUCUACACUGCUUAUCCAACUGAAUUGUGAGGAACGUGGAGCUUAUCCCAGGAGAAUCUAGGCAGGGUUCACCAUUUCACAGGCUGUAGAUUCCAAACAAACUCCAUUGAAAGCUCUUUGCACUGUAAUGAUUUGUGAUUUGAACGGCAAGUCUGACCUUUAGAGUUCGAAAGAUCCAGGGUUUGACUGAAAACAAGCUGCUUCUACUCUCGGCCACCGGCCACCUGAGCCUCUUUACUGUGAGAUGAUCCAGCUUUACUAGAUAAUCCCUGAGUUGAUAGAGAUGUGUCUUGGUACCUUCCAAGUUCUCCUUGUGUCCUUUAAAGAACCUGACAGAAAUAGCUAAAGCGUAUGUAUGAAAAGAUCAGUAGAGAGCGGAUCUUCGGGAGAUCGUCGAACCACUCGUUUAUUGAUGGUGUGUUUUUAGAGCAAUGUGUACACGUGUCAGAGGACAUUUGAUGGAAAAUCUUUUCUUUCAAUUUUACACAGGGUGGUAAUUUGUUCCAUCAGGGUAUUAAAUCCAGCCAAGCAUUUUCCUAUCGAAGGAAACGUAUUCCUAUCAAGACCUUCAUGACGAAAGGAAGCAGCAUCGGUCAGUUAAUGGAUCAGAGGUCUAUAUCGAUUUAUCGGCUGUUUGGUGUUGCGUACAUCGCAGUGUAAUAUCCUGAUAUCGCGAGCAACUGUGAGAUUAAAUGCCUGUUUUUAGAUGUAAACAAAGUCCUGUAGGUGUUCAUGGAUCUGGCUCACACUUAUAUAACACAGGUCCUGCUCUAGGAUGAAACAUGAAGAUUAAACCCGAAUGAACUCCUCUCAAGUCAGUACAAUCUUCUUACAACAUUUCAGUUCUGUCAGGACUUGCUUGAUCCUAUACUUUGUUGUUGUUUUUUUAAGAGUACCACUUUUUUAUCUUAUACCCUAGAUCAUAAAUCAUGUCUGUGUAAUGUGUGUAGCUCUGUCAGUCUAGAUCUGAGCCACUGUUAUCUCCAUGCGUUAUCAUGCCCCAUUAAAGAAGUGACGAUUACAAAAUCCUGUGCAUCAACCUGAAAUAUUUCCCUCCUUUUAGUCAUGUUCUGGCCUGGAAACCUUACAUCAAGUCAUUCUAAAUAUUUUUUAUUAUUAUUAUUUUUUCAUUUUUAUUAUGUAUCAGGCAAAAAAAAUAAAUAAAUACAAGUUGGCUCUUG